UGCGGAUAACCACGUGACAAAUCUCUCACAAGCAGGAGGGCGAGUUACUUUCAACAACCCAGUCUUCUGACCGCCUUUUCAUUCUGGUGUGCAUGUCUGUUUGAGAGUGACGUGGAGUUUUGCUUGUUCAACCUGAUCCGCCAAGUGCACUAGUCGGUAAUGAGAUUUACCUGACCUCCAACAGCUUCAGUGACUAGGAUUGAGGUAAAUUGAAAACGACUGGAAGAUGGAUAGCGAAGAGCCGCUGCACGAACCCUCGAGGAAAGAAAUCACCAUCAGACCGGCAGGGAGUGAAAGUCUUCUGAAUGAGAGAGACUCAAGUUCGAGCCCAGAAACGGCACUUCCCGUUUAUCAAAAACCGAGCUGGAUAGAUGUUUGGCCGCAGAUUGUAUCGAGUAUCAUAGCACUGAGUUCUGUUAUUCAGCCUGGAAUCAACAUGGCCUUUUCAGGCAUUUUGAUCCCUCAGCUCGAAAAGGAUUCCAAAAUCAACAACUUCUCGAAAGAAGAGGCGUCAUGGAUCGCCAGUCUGGUAGCUAUAUGUCAACCAUUGGGUGCCCUUUUUGUCGGUGUCUUGAUGGAUUACAUCGGCAGGAAGAAGACUUCUAUUUUAUCCAACGUACCCAUAAUCGCCGGUUGGGUCAUCUUAUACUUCACGACUGAGUCUCUCUGGCCGAUUUACAUCGCAAGGAUUCUUACCGGAAUCGGCGGAGGCAUGACGACAGUCGGCUUGGUUUACGUCGCGGAAAUUUCUCACGUUCAGUUCCGUUCGAUGCUGCUGUCUUUGAACAGUGUGAACGUGGCUUUCGGCAUCCUUAUAACGACUGUCGUGGGUGUCUACCUCGAGUGGCAUACGGCUACUUUGUGCUUCGGCACCCUCGCAGUCAUGAGCUUCUGCCUCACUUUCUUCAUACCGGAGAGCCCCUACUGGUUGGUCAACUUUACAGAUUCUCCGUUGGAUGAAGUCAAGGCGAGCGUCGCUUACCUUAACAGAAAAAGUUGGCUUUUUAAAGAGGAAUGGGCGAGAGUGCAGAAGGUUGCUUCCGAACGGAGACUCCAAAAGGCAAUAAGGGACAAUGGGUCAUGUUGUGGAUCGAUAGCCAACAAGAUUAAAGUUUAUGGAGAAAGAGGGUGCUACAAGCCUUUGAUCAUCCUGUGCAUUGUAUUUUUCCUUCAACAAACAAGUGGAACGUACGUCGUCAUAUUCUACACAGUGAACAUAUUCAUAAGCCUGGGUGGAGAUUUUGGCUUUGGUUUCAACGAGUACAACGCUACGGCUACUCUCGGGGUUGUGCGAUUCGUCAUGAGUCUCGUAUCGGCGGUGCUUUCGAAGAAAAUCGGCCGGAGACCUAUCAUGGUCAUAUCCAGCGCGGUCAUGGCUUGUUCAGCUUUCGCAACAGCCUUUUUCCUCAAGAUCAACGACAUCGACACGAUCAGCUUCGGAAAGGACAACUCGUCGGCCAAUUUUACGUCGAUGUCGCCCACGGCCGAGCCUCCAGUCUUCAGUAACGCAUACACACUCGUUUCGAUCCUGUCAUUCGUCUGUGCAGGAUCAUUAGGACAGAUGGUCAUCCCAUGGACGCUGAUAAGCGAGCUCUUGCCCACGAAGAUAAGGGCAUCCGGAAGCGGCAUCAUGGUCUCCUACGGGUCCUUCCUCUUAUUCGUCGUCAUCAAGACAUUCCCGGGCCUUCUGGACCUCAUCACCCUACCCUACGUGUUCGUAAUGUACGCCGUUAUGUCCAUCUUUUCCGUGAUAUUCGUUGUCUUUUUCCUACCAGAAACGUUCAGGAAAAAUUUCGCUGAAAUUGCUGAACAUUUUGAAAAAAAAAGAACUAUAAACUGAGUAAUGUUUAUUUUUUCUCUAUUGUUUUAAAGGAAUCGCGGUUUUUAGCAUUGUGGACGAUUCAAAAUGAAAAAAAGCUUACACACACAAUAUUAUUUAAUAAACACACAAAAAUAGUACUGUCAGUCGAAAACGUAGUUUUACAUGUGAUAUAAACAGACCUAAAUAUAUUUCGAACGUAUUUUUGCUAACAUUUAAUGUGUGUUGUUUAGUGACCGUUAAUUAAUGAUUAUUUGGAGAUCGUGAGUGCGGUCUGGUGUACCUAGGUUUUAGAAAAACAUUUUCUUUAUCGUGCCAACGUAUCGAUCUUUAUUGAGAUCAUCUUCAGGACCUGGGAUUUAUAAACAUUGUAUAAUUUAAACAAUGUUUAUAAAUCCCAGGCCCUGAAAAUGAUCUCAAUAAAUAUCGAAACUUGGCACGAUAUAGAAAAUAUUUUUCUAAACCUAUGUCACACCACACCUCAUCUCACGAUCUCCAAAUAAGUAAUAUUUAAUGUGCGGUUGCAAAUAUAAAUAAGCCAACAACGAAUUUAUGCUGAAUUUAUUUCCGUAAUGCAUCAUCGAUGAUUUCAAAACAAUUAUAUUUUUACACAAGUUUAUUUAUGAAAAAAUGUAAUAAGCCUGUGAUUUUUAUGAACCCCAAUACUUUGGGGUGACGUGGUGAUUAAAAUUUAAUUUACCUUAGAUAUGAUAAUCACAUAACAUUUGCAUUCAAUAAGCAAAUGCAGCUUCUGAAUGGAACAAGAAAAGUAACAAUUAUUAUUUGUUAUUCUUUCUAGCUCAUUAACCACGUCAAAUUAUUCACUCAUAGAUAUAUUAAUAAGACAUUUUAUGAAGCAACUGCUGUAAUACAUGUGUAUUUGUAUUAAUAGAAAAACGACAUUUCCAUGUACUGUAGUUAUUAAAGUCUCAUUGUGUUUUAA